GAAGAGCGUCAGACCGAGACCAGAAAGACACAAACUGACCACUGAGACUUUGGACAGAAGCGUGAGACUGCAAAACCUGUGCAUAAAAAAUGGCAGACACUCCUGUUGCUACACCUGCUGACAAGAAGGCCCCUCCCAAGUUCAAGCAGAGGACAGCUCGCACCUUCAAGAGCAAGGCACCCAAACCAGGCCAGAAGGGAUUUGGAGACGACAUCCCCGGCAUGGAGGGUCUUGGCACCGACAUCACAGUCGUCUGCCCAUGGGAAGCCUUUGGCGACAUGGAGCUCAGCGACCUGGCGAAAUACGGAAUUGUCUAGAAACCCUCUCGUGUCUCUUUUCCGCUUCCCUGUGCCGAUUGGCCUUUGCCCAGAGUUUGUCCCUCUCCCACAGUCCCUGCUCUUCUUCACCUCCCCCAACGACCUGCUCUGAUGUCCCGUCACCUCCCUCAGAAAUGGGAUCGCAAACCCAAACCAGAACACGGCAAAUUUGGCGAACCUACUUUUUCUACUUCAUAACAAACAAGCAAAUACCACGUUUAUCUGCACUUGGCCUGUGCAUCAAUAGAGAAACAACAGACCUGAUCUGUUGUAAGCCGGUUGGAUUGCUGUUGAACCAGUGAGAGUGCACCAAUAAACCCCUUGCUCCUCUCUCCUGCCUUUUCCACUCCAUGAUCCUCUUCUUCCUUGAUGUACAGCCAUGUAAGAGAUAUAUUUUUAUUUUUAUGAAUGUAAACUAUUUUGCACUACUAUUAGGAAAUGGGAAGAACAGCUGAAUAGGACUGUUAAUAAAGACGUUUCCCCAAAGAAA